UUAUCCUUUUCAAUUCAUUCGCGUCUCUUUCUCUCAUUGUUUCCUCCGUCUUCCGGCACCGCUUCGAUCCCAGGAACCCUAACCCUAGACCGAAUCCGAUGUCUAAAGAAACCCCAAUUGUUGAAUUCUAGGGCCCAGUCGUGCACCGUGAUGACGGUUCAACUUCCGACGCCGGUGGCAGGGGAACGGCCCACCUCCUCGGCCAUCUCCGUCCCUUCUACCCGCCGGAAUUCCCUUCCCUUAAUCCGUUUGCCCUGCGGUGAUGAUGACCCUGGUCCGCUUUCUUCUUCCUGGCUCGAGAUACGUCUGUUUUACGUCCGUGUCUCCCCUUGCGCCUCCGGUGCCGCCCCGCCCUUCCUCGCCCUCUCGCACCUCCGCCGCGAUCGGGGUGCUGCCCUCGAGAUCAACAACGCGCGCAUCCCCGAAUCCGAGCCCACGACCAUCCACCUCCGGCGCAACCGCGCCGAUCGUGAUGCGGCCGAUGUGACGUACAUCAGUACCGAUGUCGUUCGUCUUAUUGGAGCUAUCGAUUUCGAGGUAAGUGAUGAUCAGGGCAAUCUCAUGCUAUGUGGCUCGCUGGACAGGAUGGACGCACCGUGGAGCAACGGAGCGAUUGGGUUCGACCAUCAUCGGUUACAAACAUCAGAUAGAGAUCCCAAGGCAGGAUGGAGCAUGGAUUGCUACUUAGCAGCAUCAAUCGGGUCUUCUGUUUUCAUGCAGCCUUCGAAGUCUGGGCUACAAUUAUCUCCCUCCAUCGAGGUCUAUGUUGCCGGGUGUUUUGCUGCUGUUCCUUUGAUUCUCACGCAGACUAUUCAGCUCAGUCCCAGAUGGGGGUCUGUUAGGUCGGCAACAUUGGGCGCAAUUCCAGAGGAUGAAGAAGCAACAGAUGGGGAGCCAGCGAAGGACUAUGGCUUAGAAUCUCAUAAAAGUUCGCCAGCAUCAACGGUGGCAGAGAAAGAACCUAAUGAAUACAAUCCAACUAUGGCCGUCAAACACAGCUAUCAUGGCGGUUGGUAUUCAGAUGAGGAUGGACAACUAUCAUGGUUUAAUGCAGGAGUUAGAGUUGGCCUUGGAAUAGGCCUGGGAAUGUGUGUUGGAGUAGGGAUUGGGGUCGGACUCCUCAUGAACUCGUACCAGGCAACUACCAGAAGUUUCAAGAGGCGUUUCUUCUGAGUUUACACAAGAAACAUGACACGUCUACUGGAAAAUCAUAAACUACCGUCCUGUUGAAUAAGAUUAAUAAUGGCUUUUUGUUUCUUGCACUUUUAAUAUGUUUUAGUGGCAUUGGUUGUCACGAGUUGAGUGGUUAAUGUAGAUACGGGUUUUCCCCUGCACACCCUCUCUAAGCUCUAUAAAGCCUUGUAUAUCUCGUUCCCAUGUACGUUUCCUCCUCCAUGGACCGGUAAACUUUCAAAAGUUUUAUAUUAUUUGUUUGUGUAUCAAA